AGAUUGUCUGCCGCCUGCCUGUCACACAUCGCUAAGCUCAUCCUACUCUCUUUCUUUGUUUCUUGUUGUUGCUCUGUUGCGGUGCCGUUUCAUUGAAGAUCAAAAAAAGGAGAAGAAUUCCAAUUUCUACUGUGUCUUCCAGUUCUUCUUUCAGAAGAAUACUUUUCUUCUGUGCUUCUUCGUUUCGAUUAUUCUUUCAAAAAGAAACGGAGCAACAACGGCAACAGCAAGAAGACAUGCCUUCUUCCUCCUCCUCCUCCCCGGCGUCGCCGCUGCGCAGCGUGUUUGACGCGCUGGAGAAGAAGUACCCGCAGUACCACGCACAGUUCGACCUGGCGCAGAAGGCCGCCUCGCAGGCUGCCGUGGUGCUUGACAAGGCUGCGCCCUACCUGGCCCAGGUCCCCGUGUACGCCGCUGCUGCGAAGGAGCAGGCGAAGAAGUACCGCCUGGAGGAGUUUGUGCCGAUGCUGAUCGGCCUGGCGCUGUGCUUCUUCGGUGGCGCCUACACAAUGCUCAUCGCCGUCGUGGAGACGGUGCGCCUGGUCUGCUGGGAGGACCUCCAGAAUUCGUUCGCGGUGCUCAAGCGGAACUACGAGAUCGCCGCUGAGCAGAAUCGCAAGGACAACGCGAUCGACGCGGACGGCAACGGCGUGGCAGAUGUGCAGGAGAUGGAUAGGAACGAGCUGUUCACGCGCAAGGCGGCCCUCUUUCUGAAGUCGGUCGACAUCGAAUCGGUGCAGACGGCCGCCCGCACCAUCGCGUCGGCCUUUCUCUCCGUCAUGGCCACGUUGCGCGUGAAGUUCGCCCGCUCCCUCGCGCUGGGUGGCUCGCUCACGAACAUGGCGAAGGAGUACAUCCACCUGGAGCAGUGGCUGAGCGAGGUGCUGCCUCCCGACACGAAGAAGUGGGCGGGCGUGUUGGCGAACGUUGUGGUCGGUGCGGUUACCAUGACGUUUGCCACGCUCCUGAGCGGAGUCAUCAGCAUCGUGCACUGCUGCAUCUGUGGGGCGAACAUGUGCGUGCAGCACGCCAUCCGCAUCGCGAGCGAGCGGGGGCUGCUGGAGGAGGACAUUUCGAUGGAGAGCACGAGGGCGAGGGCACUGGUGGCGAUGGUGGCGGCGAUGGGCUUCUUCUGGCAGCUCUCCCACUCCGGCUCGCAGCCGUUCCCUUUUAACCUUAUCCUGCUGCCGCUGACGAUUGCGGAGUUCCUAUUGAACCUUUGCGUGGGCGGCUUCCUGUACGCGUUACCCUAA